AUGCACGCCGCCCUGGCGGGGCCGCUGCUCGCCGCCCUCCUCACCACCGCCCGCGCCCGCCCGCAGCCCCCGCACGGAGGACAGUGCCGGCCGCCCGGAUCGCAGAGGGACCUGAACUCCUUCCUGUGGACUAUCCGGCGUGACCCACCAGCCUACCUGUUUGGCACCAUCCAUGUCCCCUACACCCGCGUCUGGAACUUCAUCCCAGACAAUUCCAAGGCGGCCUUCCAGGCCAGCGCCCGUGUCUACUUCGAGCUGGACCUGACGGACCCCUACACCAUCUCGGCCCUGGCCAGCUGCCAGCUGCUGCCGCAUGGGGAGAACCUGCAGGACGUGCUGCCCCGCGAGCUCUACUGGCGCCUGAAGCGCCAUCUGGACUAUGUGAAGCUGAUGAUGCCUUCGUGGAUGACACCUGCGCAGCGGGGCAAGGGGCUGUACGCCGACUACCUCUUCAAUGCCAUCGCCGGCAACUGGGAGCGCAAGCGGCCCGUGUGGGUGAUGCUCAUGGUGAACUCGCUCACGGAGACCGACGUGCGCUCCCGAGGAGUGCCCGUGCUGGACCUCUACCUGGCCCAGCAGGCCGAGAAGAUGAAGAAGAGCACUGGAGCUGUGGAGCGGGUGGAGGAGCAGUGCCACCCACUCAAUGGGCUCAACUUCUCUCAGGUGCUGUUUGCCCUGAACCAGACCCUGCUGCAGCAUGAGAGCGUGCGGGCCGGGAGCCUGCAGGCACCCUACACCACCGAGGACCUCAUCAAGCACUACAACUGUGGGGACCUCAAUGCUGUCAUCUUCAACCAUGACACUUCCCAGCUGCCCAACUUUAUCAACACCACCCUGCCCCCACACGAGCAGGUGACAGCCCAGGAGAUCGACAGCUACUUCCGCCAGGAGCUCAUCUACAAGAGGAACGAGCGCAUGGGGAGACGAGUCAUGGCGUUGCUGCAGGAGAAUGAAGACAAGAUCUGCUUCUUUGCCUUCGGCGCAGGUCACUUUCUGGGGAACAACACCGUCAUCGACGUGCUGCGGCAGGCAGGGCUGGAGGUGGAGCACACGCCCGCGGGACAGACCAUCCACAGCCCUGCUGCCCGGAGCCCAGCACCCCCUCCUGAAGGUACCUCGGCGAGCCCAGCCCCGGAGACCCCAGCCACUGCUGUCCUGCCGGUGCCCUCAGCGACACCCACUGCCCCCCCUGAGGAGGAAGACCCCGCCCUGUCCCCUCACCUCCUGCUCCCCGACAGCCUCAGCCAGCUGGAAGAGUUUGGGCGCCAGAAGAAGUGGCACAAGCGACAGAACAAACACCAGCGGCCACGGCAGUUCAAUGACCUCUGGGUCCGCAUUGAGGACAGCACCACUGGCUCCCCACCGCCACUGCCCCUCCAGUCCACACACAGCUCUGGGACCGCCAAGCCCCCCGUGCAGUUCUCCGACCAGCUCCAACAGCCAGAAGAGACAAGGCCAGCCAGCAGCUCAGUGUCCGGCUGCUCACAAGCCUCCCUGGGUCUCCUGCCCAUCAUGGCUGCCAGCCUCUCAGCCUGCCUUCUGCUUCACACCCUCUGGCCCUCUUGACCUCCGCCGCUGGGGGCAGAGAAGCCAGAGAAACCACAGGAGGGUCUGUGGCCACACCCACUGCCCCUCCCACCAGCUCCAGGGGUGCCUGACCCCUCCCAGGCAGUCCAAACGGGAUCCGUUAGCACACUAGAGCUUUAAUGUACCAAGUUACAUCUUCUUUUUUGUAGAAGGAUCUUAAUUUCCCAUAGUGCUAUGGGGCUCUUUUGUAAAAUAAGUGUCCAUAUUAAAAAAAAAAUGUAUUUAUUCUACCGAUAAAACUAUCUUUAUGUGACCUAUGUUAAAAACUCCUAAAUUAGCCCCAAUGCCAAGCCGGGAGGUGAGGCCAGGUGGCCAGGACAUCUGCGAUCUUGUGUGAACCGACCAUGGCUUUGACCUGGCUGGCUCCUGAAUCAGCAGAAGCCUCGAGUCCAUGUUUGGUUUCUCCCACCUUGGGGACCUCAGAGUGUAGAGCAGGCAGACAGGCUUAGCUUUUGUGAAGCUGGAUUUGGGAGCCAGAGUGAAUGGUGACGGUCUUUCCCUCCCCUGAAUGCCUCCUGGGGUUGGGAGGAUACUUUAGGAAAGAGAAUGCUGCUAUUUUGAAAACCCUGAGUGUCUGUGAACUGACCCUGCAGAGCUCUUUGGAAAACAAAGUUUCGAACAAAGCCCUAUAGAGGGAGAGGGGUGUUGGUGCUGAGAGGGAGGGGGUUCCCUAGUCCCUGAGAUCCAAAGAGAGGAAGGUGGGAGAUCCAGGUGUGAAUCCAGACCUCCCUUGUCCCAUCUUGUUAACCCAGCUUGACCAACAGAGCGACUGGUGAAACCACAGCCAGACAGGCGAGCUGGGCUGGAGGACAGGAUGGGACAGAGGACAAUUUUAGGGACAGGACCCUUGGAGCCCCAGGGUAAUCAAGAUUGUUCUGUGAGAAGUGAGUGUCCCCUUUUCACAGGUGAGGAAACUGAGCCCCUAAAGAGGUGAAGGGACUUGCUCAUGGUCACCCAGCCAGGAUGUGGUCCAGGAUCAGUGUGAUUCAGAAGCCACGUUCUGCCCUGCUCUCUCAGCACAGCGAAGCUCCCAGAGAGGCAGAGCUCACCUAGGGGGCCAGGACCAGCUUCUUGCUCAGCCAAAGGGACCCACAGCCAGUUACCAAGGGGGUCCCUCCAGUGAAAGGGCUCUGACUGCAGGGUGUGUGCUGCAUGCCCCAUGCCCAGAUUUGUCUUGGAACCCAUGAAGCCUUCCUGCCAAAUCAGAGGUUGGGUGUAGGGGCGACUGCUACGGGGGACCUAGGAGACAGCAGCCCAACAGAGACAGGAAAGGGAUGAGACUCAAAGGACUGGCCUAGCUCCUCUGCCCCCAGGCUGGAGACUGAAAUGUCAGGCCCAGGGUGGCCUUCACUGUGGCCCAGAUACAGAGCCCUAGAGCCCGAGAGUGGAAAGGACCCCUCCCUUUGACACAUAGGAAGAGUAAAAAUAAGACCAGACCCAGAGAGGGGAGGCACUUCCCCAAGGCUGCACAGUCUGCUGACUCCCAGUCCAGUGCUCUCUAGUGUCACUGCACCAUGGCCCAUCGUGUCAGAUUAGCUCCAACAUCGUCAUGCCUAGCAUGGCAGCUGUCUCUCUGGAGAAGGUAGAAUUCUGGGGCAGCUUGUUGGAUGGUCAGAGGUCCCAGGGGCAGGUUGGCCAGCAGCUGAAUUCUUUUGAGCUCAGCCAGGGAUGAAUGUGUUUGAGCCUGAGACCUGGCAGGAUCUCCGAGUUCUGCUUCAGAGGGUCCAGCCAGCCCCAUGGGCACCACGCUCUAAACUGAACUUGACCCCAGCCAGGUCUGGAGUCCGUUUAUCCUUGGCAGGAAUGCGACUUCCUAUUUCUGAGCUGGAAGGGGCUUAGCUGACUUAUAAAGCGGGCUCCAAAGGGCUGUUGGACAUCAAACAGAUUGUGCAGAGCGCUAUUUGGAUGAGAUAAGUGUAAAAGAAUUAGAAACACACAGGCCAGAUUUCCCUCUGCGCAGGGCAGAGUGUGGCAUGAGAUGGAUGGAGAUGGAGCUUGAGGCUAAUUAAAGAUGAAGCAUUUGGGUAAACAGUCCAGGCACCUGACCAUGUGCCCAGAUCUGUGCCAGGCUCCAGGCCAAAGAGGUAAAUGAACUCACUGUGUGAUUAUGGAGCCCACUCAGUGCCAGGCUCUAUGUUAGGCUGAAUCUAGCUCCCUUUCCUAGGCUAGAGGAACUCAUCACUGAGAUGGAACAGCAGCCCAAUCCUAUGUUCCCAGAAGACUUUAAAGGCUCUUCUGUCCAGGGCCCUGAUGGGCAGAUUCAGCCCUAGUCUGUCCCAGAUCCCUCCUCUGGGGAGAUGGGGGGAUUCCAAAGUCUCCUUCAACCAAGUACGCAAGUGUUAAAGAAAGAUGGAUAGGCAGAUGGAUGGGCUAGCUGAUUAGAGAGCCAUGUGCCACGGGGCAGCCAAGGCCAAUGUGGGUCAGCAUCUGCAGCCCGAGUCUGCUAAUCCCCAAGGACGGCCCACUGGCCAGUGUUUGAGUCAUUUCAUCCCAAACCCCCUGACAUGUCCCAGAAGACCUGAGGCACAGCUACAGAAUCUGCAUGGCUGGGACACUUAAGUUCUCUCAUCCUGGGCCAGAGAUUCCUUCCAUAGUCACUCAUGCACUUUGGAGUCAUCUCUCUGUCAAGGCUGAUAUUUUUUCCAUCAUUUUCCAUGUGCCUAGCCUCAUAAAUGCCAUUGCUUUGAGAGAAUUGUGUGCCUUUCAUAGGACUUUCCCAUUUGAUCUCAGGCAGUCAGGUAAGAAGGAUUGAGACCCAGAAGUUUAGGGGACUUCUGUAAGGGGAGGGACAUAUUAAUGAUGGUUUUAUGUGGCCCUUGCUGUCUCAGGAAAGCUGGCCAAGUGACCAGGGGCUCUCUGGGGCCUGUCAGCAAAACCAUGACCUCUAGUCCUCCUCCAGGCUGGACUGGCACACCAAUAGGCAGGUAAAGGCAGGGUCAAUGUGUGAGGGAACUGCAAAUAGCACCCCCAAAACUCUCCAGCUCUGAGAUUCAAAAACCCAGCCUCUAGGGAAUAUGGGAGCUGGUGCUAACUGCCACAUUUGCCUUUGCACCUAAGGACCAAGAGCAAAUUUGCCUUGUGCUGAAUGCUAUGCCGUCUACUUCCUGGCCUCCACUACACUAGAGCAAGCCUUGGGGCCCAUACCACCUGUCCCUCCCGUCCCACCUACUCACUCUCCAACCUGGUGCCAUUGUCACAGCAGGCCUCAGAGAAAGGUCCUUCACACAAAGGCAACUGCAGCUUUGAUGGAAUCCUAUGUGGCAGAGAACAGAACUGGGGCAAGAGAUAGUGCUUCAGAGACCAUGGGACAAGAACCAAAGUCCUUCUAGCAUUCUGGACUCUCCAUGGCCUGACCCUAUGAUCUUUUCCAGUCCAUCCUCUCAGCUCUCCUACUCUGUGCCUGGCCAGACUGAAUCAUAUUUGUCAUUUGUCAAAUAGACAGGAUGUUUAACACAUGCCACUCUCUUGGCCUGAAAACUCUUUUCCCAAGUGCUCAUUCUGUGGGGACCAGCUCAGAGAGGAUCUCUUCCAGGAAGCCUUCUGGGAUUCCACUGUGCUUUCUUAGCAUCUGUCACACAACCAGUUGUGCUGACAGUGUCAGUGUUCACACUGACGGCAGGGGUUAUGUGAAUUCAUCUUUGUAUCCUCUGCAUACAAACUGAUGCAGAGAUGGCACCCCAAAGGUGUGUGGAGAGGGAAGAGAAGGGAGAGCGGCAGACCUCAGUUCUGCUAGUGGAACAAUCUACAAAGCCAAAAGUGUCUGAGGAUGGACAGAUGCCCCUGUGGGUAGUGAAUUUCCUGCCAGCACAGGUAUAUAAACAGGGACAGGAGGCCCACUGGUUGGAGAGGUGGCAGAGAGUUGAAGUCUUGGCACAGGACCGGGGUAGAUGACAAUCGAAGGUUUCUCCUGGCUCUGCAAUGCUCAGGUUCUUUGAACAUUGUUAUUUUUUGAAAAAUUCAUCUAAGCAGCCAAAAAAACAAAGCAAAGCAAAACAAAACCCGACUGACUGUCUAACACAGUAAAGUUCAGGAAUGAGUCCAGCCUCUCUCCCCCACGCCCGCCGCCCUGCAUUCUUCAACAGCCCAGCCCUGCGUGGCGUCAACUGGUGAAUUGGCUGGUGUGUCGGCAGCCCUUGGGCAGGGGACUUCUGGGCAGCUGGAGAGGACUGGGUUGGAACCCAGAAGCACCUUCCCUCCCUGCCCUCUAGUCAUCAUGGAGAAGGGAAGAGAGGGCUCAUGAGAGGUGACUGAACCCCUACCUGGCCCUUUCCCAGGAGCAUCAGCACCCUGACAGCUCUCACUGCCCUUUCUCCAAGCACCGGGUCUUCCUUUCUGGAGAUUCUCUGGAUAUGCCUCCAUUUUGCUGGGUGAACAUGGCAAGUCCCAACCUGCUAUGAGCCUCCGUUUUCUCAUCUGUCAAAAGGAGGCUUUAUUUCCUGCCCGGGGUGGUUCUGGGGGGGAUGGGGAGGACUAGGAUAAUGCCAUGUUCAAUCUUGGGGCUUCAUAAAGGUGCCACCCUCCCUGGACUCAGUGCACACCUUUUCCCCCGGGACCCGCAGGCUCCCUGGGGCUGGGAACAUGUGACUGGCAGGAAAGGGACAGAGUAGCGUGGUAGCCGCUUUCAAGGGCCUCCAUCGCCUGUCCCGCUGCAGGGAAAGCGACCUUCGAACAGGACCUAGUCUACGGUGUUUCUUGUGAGGUUCUCAGACAUCCUGGGGGUGCAAUGGCUGGGGUGGCAGGGGCUGUCUUGGCCGAGGACAGUCCCAUUCUAAGGAGGCACGGCUCGACCCCUGCCCCAUCCCUGGGUCUCAAAGAGAUUGCAGAAGUUCCCAGCCCGACUCACUGUGUGACACAAGCUUCAGAUCUUAAUGUAUUUGAAAGGUAUUCAUGAUGUUGCUCUUUAAUCACCUCUCCCUCACCUCUGUGAACGAUCUUGAAAAGUUGUUUAAGAAUAUAAUAGAAGACAAAGAAAGAUGCUAUUAAUAUUAUUUUGCCAAAAAUAUUUUUGUAGCAUAAUAUAUUAAUAAAAGACAUUAUGAAU